UCGGUUCAGUUCGGUUAAAAUGUGAAUCCCGGAAGAAAAUGAAAAUAAUAACAAGUCGAAGAGAGUCGUCGACCCCUAAAUAAAAUAAAAUCCAGUGAAGAAGAAGAAGAUUGAGUGAGAGAGAGAGAUAAAAUCCAGAUGGGGGUUGAUUUCUAUAAGGUUCUUGAAGUUGAUCGAAGUGCUAAUGACGACGAGCUUAAGAAAGCUUAUCGCAAACUCGCCAUGAAAUGGCAUCCUGAUAAGAACCCUAACAACAAAAAACAAGCCGAAGCUAAAUUCAAGCAGAUCUCUGAAGCUUACGAUGUAUUGAGUGAUCCUCAGAAACGAGCAAUCUACGAGCAAUACGGAGAAGAAGGUUUAAACCAAGCGGCCCCACCUCCCGGCGCCGGUGGUUAUCCUGGAGGAUCAGACGCCGGAGCUUCUUUCCGGUUCAAUCCCAGAAGCGCUGAUGACAUCUUCUCCGAGUUCUUUGGUUUCACAAGGCCUUCUUUUGGUACGGGAAGCGACUCACGCGCUGGACCUUCUUUUAGGUAUGGCGAUGACAUCUUCGCUUCCUUCAGGGCUGCCACUACCGGAGGAGAAGCCUCCAUUCCUGCAAGGAAAUCUGCUCCUAUUGAGAGACAAUUGCCUUGUAGCUUGGAGGAUUUGUAUAAAGGAGUCUCCAAGAAGAUGAAGAUCUCUCGUGAUGUUCUUGACUCUACCGGGAGGCCAACACCGGUUGAGGAGAUUUUGACUAUAGAAAUCAAACCCGGUUGGAAAAAAGGAACAAAGAUAACCUUCCUGGAAAAAGGUAACGAGCAUCGUGGGGUCAUUCCAUCCGAUCUCGUUUUCAUCGUAGACGAGAAACCGCAUCCCGUUUUCAAACGAGACGGGAAUGAUCUUGUGGUGAUGCAAAAGAUAUCUCUAGUGGAAGCUCUCACAGGUUACACCGCACAGGUCACUACUCUUGACGGAAGAACCAUAACAGUUCCGGUAAACAAUGUGAUCAGUCCGUCGUACGAAGAGGUGGUUAAAGGCGAAGGCAUGCCGAUCCCUAAAGAUCCGUCAAGAAAAGGAAACUUGAGAAUCAGAUUCAGCAUCAAGUUCCCUUCGAAGCUAACCACUGAGCAGAAAUCAGGGAUCAAGCGGAUGUUAUCACCUUGAAUGUCCAAGAUUGAAGCAUCUCGUUUCAGUUUUUUUUUUUUUUUUUUGUAUCAAUCUGCUAGCUUUUUUGGAAUCUUUUAGAAGCUGAAUAUGUGCUUAUGGGUUUUUUAUUUAUUUUUUGUUGCAUUUUGGUAAAGUUUUUUAAGGGAAUUGUGAAACGAUGCCGUUUACUUAGUGAUGACUGACGACUAGUGAAGUAAGUUUCUCCUUAA